AUGUCCGACGAAUCAGGAAAUCAGCGCCCUGCUGCAUCGGCAUCAGCAUCAGGAAGCAUCGGAUCCCUGCAUACCCCCACCGUAACCCCCGCUGGACGACUCACCUCUCUGCGUGGAGGCCGUGGUGGCGCAGGUGCCUCGACCGCCUCCACACGUGGUGGCGCUUCCAAGUUGAAGUUCGCUCCCACAGUGCCCUCGAAGCGUAACAAGAAGGAUGCCUCUCUUUCUUUGCUGGAGGAGGCUAAGGCCGGAUCAGGACCAGAAGAACGUGGAGCUGGUCGCGGACGUGGAGAGCGAGGAGAGCGAGGAAUGAGGGGUGGACGUGGCGGCCGUGGACUUGGUCGUGGUCGUCCAGAUGAUGUUGCCGCUACAGCCUCAGGACCCUUCUCACUUGGACCAGCAGCACAAGCCCGCUCAAGAGCAAUCGCUAUGGGAGGCAGCGCCAGUGGAGCACAUUCGAGCUAUACAGGAUCUCGGGAAGUGAAAAUGGAAGGCGAGGGAGGAGGGUCGGAUUAUGGUGCCUCCGUCGAUAUGAAGUUUGGAUCGACUGUGACUGAUGCCUCGGCGCCCACGGGAUUGGAGAAGCCUAACGACGAUACUAAGGUUGUCAUUUCCUCGAUCAAGGACGAAAAGAUGAGAGAGGAGGAUAUGGAUGAAGAUACCGAAUUGGGUGGGUCCGCACAUGCCGCUGGCGAGGCUGAUAUCAAACCCAAGGUGGAAGGACCUGCACAGGACCUCACGCCUGAAUCCGAAUAUGAUCAGAUGUUCUUUUUCCAGUUCCCAAGUGUUAUGCCUAUCUUCAGACCAAGACCUGUGGCAACAGCACCCAUGACAUCAAUCGUCUCGUCUCCCAACGUCUCUUCAUUGUACAGCACACCUGACGGAACUGACAAGACAGAGGACUCUGAGGAUGGACUGUUGGCGAUCAAAUCAGAACCCAUGGACCAGGAUCGUCCCAUCAUGAUCCCCGACAACGACCUCGUCCCCGUCAAAUCGGAACAAAAGGAUGUGAAGCUCGGCUUGAGCCUAGGAGACGGUACCCCAGGAUCAUCUGCACCCGUCGGACAGCGUGCCAAGCCCAAGGCCCCUGGAGCAGCUGCCAAGACGGCAGAGAAGGAGGAGGAGACAGAGGAUAGCCAUUUGCAACAGGAGGGCAAGAUUGGACGGUUACUGAUCUACAAGUCUGGUAAGGUCAAGAUGAAGGUUGGCGAUAUCUUGAUGGACGUCUCGUCAGGAUCUGAGUGCUCGUUCUUGCAGGAUUUGGUUGUUGUGGAUUCGAAUAACAAGCAGGCGUUUGUCAUGGGAUCUGUCCAGAAGCGUAUGGUCUGUGUCCCCAACUUGACUGAGCUUCUCAACGGUCUUGAGGGUCUUGACAUCUAA